CUUGUGUUUUUGCAAUGGACGCGAUCAGUCAGCAGCCGGCCGUCUCCGCGAGCGCGCCGCCGUCGCGGAAGAGGAAGAGAAACAGAUCGAAGAAGAAGACGAACAAGAAAACGCGACCCUCGAACACGCGUCGGCGGUCGGCGUGGGAGAAGCUCAAGGAGGCUCGCGAAGGCGCCUCGUCGCCAACGCCGGGCCCACGCAAUUCCAACGUAGUGCAGUCCAGAGCGACUGACGUACGCCAAGCGCCUGCAGCGCGUCCAUCGGCGGCGCGACCUGCGCAGGUCGGCAGUAGCUCAGGGACCGACCCAGGUGGCGGCGCGGGCGCUGGCGAUCGUGCUGGUGAUGCUUCUCCACUCGCACGUCAUUAUGACCCACCACCGAUUCGACUUCGCUCCAAAGGCAACAACUCGACUAAGACGUGCGUGGAGGACCUCCACAUGGCGAUGGCCAAGCGCUACAACAUGGCCCUCACGUGCACGCGGGCGGACGUCGACGCCUUCAUUGUCAACGAGCUUGGCCUCGAACUCGGCAAGGGCAUCACGGGGCGGGAAGAAUUCCGACUCAGGAACUUCCUCCAGGAGCACGGGUAUCUCUACGACAUCGAGGUCCUCGCGACGAAGAUGGACAUCGUGCAGACGCGCAGAGACAAGGCCGGCGACGUGCGUCGGUUCUGCGCCGCGGAGGGCCUCGGCAUGUACCACGUCACGACAGCUCAGAACCCGGGCUUCAUCCAGCACGUCAUCGCCGUCCACGUGCAGCGCGACAAGAGCGAGUACUUUGAAGACGGCGAGUGGCAUCCGCUCGACGAGCUCCACUACAUUCCGCGAACAUACAUUCGGGAAGUCCGCCGGUUUGUGCCCACAUCUAUCGAUCUUUCGGCAGACGGCGACGACGACGUCAACAACGAUGACGAGAACGCCGAUGACCACGACGAUGAUGACGACGUCAACGAUGACCAGGACGCCGAUGACCAGGGCGACGAUGACCAGCACGUUGAGCUCAUCGACCUCACAACAUUGGACAGCGACGAAGACGAGGAUAGCGACGAUGAUGAUGACGAUGACUACCACGAUGGUGAGGAGUAGUAACAACAAUAUAUACUUUUCUUGUGCUA